AUGGCCUCCAGCCCAAGUAUAGACGAACUCUUGAAGCGUAAUGCUAAAAGGAUGGAAACAUUCCAACCCAUACCCUCCCUGGCCGAGAUCAGUCAACUUCCUCCUGAUCAGAGCUUGCCAAUGCCAAAGAUAUUUAUAGAUGCGGUCGUUACUCGAGGUGCUGCAGGCCGCAUGGCCUCUCAGUUCAGUAAUCUGCUGUUCCUCGACCAUGUCUUGAAGUUCACAGAUAUAAUGAUCAUGCACCACACAGAUUGCUCAGCACAACUCUUUGCCAACGCAGACGUGUGUCAGGUACUAAGCGAGCGCGCCCCUGAUGCCUCUGGCAAAGUUGACGAUCUCAUACUUCCCGGAUUCGAGGAUCUUGAGCGUAGCGUGCAAGAGGAUGUGCAGCUCGUGAAGCGUUCGCCGCUUGUGCGAAAGGAGCUUGCUGAGCGGACGAGGGGGUUUGUGUAUGAUAUCAAGACUGGGGAGGUGAAGCCUGUAGCUGAGGUGAGCUCUGCUUGA